AGCCGUUGACCGAGUAGCAACCAUGCUAGCAACUCCGUUAGAGCCUGUAGCUACAGAUUUUACAUGUAGAUUAAUACCAAAUGUAAUGGGCAUGUUUCGCCACUGACAAAUAUUUCAUAUACAAUACAGACCUCUGUACGAACACGAACCCUCCCCUUGAAGAUGCUUCCCACUACUGGAGAACAGACAGAAGUUUCCACUGUGUAGGUGGAUGCGUGGGAGGCAAGCAGAGGAGGGGUUUCCUCUGAGGUUGGCAUCCCCGAAACAUAGAGGAGGAAGGACUUCCCCCUGCUUCUUUGUAAGUUGGGCCAUGGUGAUGCUUGUAGAGCGCCAGAUUCACCUGAAAUUGACGACUCCUCCAGCUACAGCUCUUGUCAUUUAUCCACAUCAGGAGUUUCAAUGUUGUUUCAAAGCCAUACUGAAGGACUGUUGAAACUAAAGUUGCAGAUGUUCUUCUCUCUACUAAAAUGUUUUCGCAUUCUUCUUGAAGCCAGUCAAGCAUGAGGCUUUUGUGUCUACAGAGGAGCAGGUCUUUAUCCACCAUGUUGCACAACCAGGUCUCUACUAGGUUCCGAUACCAUUUCCUUCCUGCCACCAAGCAUACUGCUGAUUUAACAGGGUGCUGUUUCUGAUGAAAAAUACCCCCUGAGUGUUUCUGCAUAGUUACCCUGGUGGAGUUUGCUCUGGCUGUUGAACGGUGCCUACCACACCUUGUUAACAAAGCUUUCGGGGGUUCAAUCUUCCUGCUGCUCCCAGGCGGCCGUCGCUGCUCCCUCGCAGCCCGACCACGCCCGCGCAGCAUCACCGCAGCAUCACAGAGCUGAGUGCAUCCAGCAAGAUGUGAGCCUUGUCUGAAUACAGUGAUGGCCUGUUCUUUUAUUCUUUGGGCACCCACGCAGGAGCACUUAGUGCCAGUCAGAGACAGGGGGAGACAGAGGAGAGAGAACAGAGCUGAUACAAACUCCACCCACCACUACGUGGACCGUGGUCUCAGUGGAGGAGCGGCAAUAUCAGGCUGAGCAGACAGAGUUCAUGUUGUAGAGCAGAGAGAGAGACACGGAGGGAGGGAGGGAGGAAAGCCUCUGCUGCAGACAAAAGCGCAGUUUUUCUCGCUGGAGCUUGUUUACGUCCUCAGCUGCGGGUUCCACAAGGCGGAUUAUUCAAGCAUUCCUCCCGGGGAGACUUCAGCAGCAACUCUGGGAUUUAAUUUCACUUUUUACUUUUUUUUUUUUCUCUUUAUUUCUUCACUUUUUUUUACAAGUUGAUGUUUUGCUGACUUGGGACCGGUGGAUCCUACUUGCAGUUGCGUUGAUUUUAUUUAGACGUUUUUUUUUAAAUAAAACAACCAACUUAUCGUCGUGUUAUUUUCACAAGGCAGCGGUGAUGUCCCGCCACUGACAUGCAGCAUCCGUCCAGACCACCAAACAGCUCCGAUGGGUCGACCGCAGUAACGGCAGGUCAGGGGAGCGGCGGAGAUCCAUCACCCGCCGGUGCCGCCGGAGCCUCAGCGCAAACCUCCCGCUCCGACACCGGCAGCGCGUCGAGCUCUGGCCAGCCCAGCACCAGUGCAGGAGGAGAGCCGGACUCGCCGUCCUGGCGCAGAGGCAAACCCAUCUCCCCUCUCGACAGUCUUGGCGUGUUUCAGAAGAGGUCGAUAUUCCACCUCCCUCGCCGCGCCUCCAGCGGAUAUUUCUCCUCCGACGGAGACUCGCUGCCGAGCUCUCCGCUCUCCCCGAGGCCACUGACGGUUGAUAGAGCCACGCAGACUCCCAGCCCGACCGGCCAGGUGAUGCAACACGCCCUGCAGCGCAUGGCUGAGGAGCGCGGACCGGGGACGCACCAGCUGCACGGACACUCUCCCAGCCCCUCUAGCACGCGGCCACAAAACGCAGCAGGGGACAUGCAGGCAGAGGCAAUUGGACGAGAGCUCCGACGCAUUGGAGACGACUUCAAUAGACAGCUUCUUCUAAGGGGGGUGGCUGGCGGACAAAGGCGGGUUGUGAUCAAUCCGAACCAGCUGCCGCACAUCCACCAGGAGCCCGCCAUGCUGCUCUGCGUGGGCCUCCUGCUCCUCCUGAUCGGACGGAUAAUCUACUUGCAAGGCAGCACGGACAGCCAGGACCACUCUCAGGUUUAGUCUUUGGAGAAACCCAGCAGACGUAGCAUUUUUCUUUGAUAAUGUGUCGGAUCUAUCCAACCUUGAAACUCCUUUUUGUGUAUGAGGACCUAAUUUUUACUCAACUUCCUCUCUUCCACCUAUCGAGGAAGGAGACUUUUGACUCUGGAGAUGAUUUGUUAACACCUUUAAGGAACUCUAAAACAUUAGAAUUUUUGUUUUUUCACCUCUGUUUUUCCUUUGCGGUCUCUGAUCUUUUACAAUACCACCAAAGAGCCGGGAUUUUGCACUCCUUUCCAGCCCAGAGGCGCUCAUAUCAUCUAAAUCUGCCUCAGUGGAAAAUUAUGCCUGUGGAAAUUCAAAAGUGCCUUGUACAGUUUUCUGUUUACUUUUUUAGCCUCUUUUAAGUUUGUUUGUUUUUGUACAGAGAUUGCAAGUUAUUUGGUUGAUCAACUCUGCAGACCCAGGGUUGUUAAAAUACGCGGGUCCACUUCACAACAUUUUCCCCAAUCCUUUUUCUCCUGAAGGUUUCAGGCAGGGAACAUUCAUCUUGCACUCCUGUCAGGUCCUGAUCAAGCACGCAAUAGACUCGUGACCUGUGUGGGAACCAACUGGGCCAAAUUGUUCAUUUUUAUCCAUCAUUUUAAUCACAUUCUUUAACUACUGUGCUGUUUCAUGUUUUGUUACCAUGAAUUACAUGUAUCUGAGUUGUAAUUCAAGAGCCAGCUGUAUGCCAGCAUUUUUUCCCACAGAAAUGAAUUGUGUUGAGUGUCAGAUGACGUAGGUAUCCACAUGAAAGAUAAUCAAAUGCCAGGACAUACUGUUUUUUUCAGACUGCUACAAUUUAAGACCUGUUUGGACAGGAUUAAUACUCCAAGGAGAGCUUUCCUUUCUAAUACAUAGUAUUUGGGAAUGUAAAUAAGUCCAAGGAGAAAUUAAUCCUGUCUGAAUGCAGUUUAUUGCUGUGUUUGUAUACACUGAAGAUAAAGUGUCCAUUUUGUUUUGUGUCAUAUUUCAAUACCUGGGUAAAUUUCUAAACCCUGUGAUCCGGAUUGUUAUCCCCUUAAAAGUACCCAUUCUGCCGUUAGAUAAAUAAUAAGAACACGUUUCUUUCCAGUAGUUUUAAAAAUCUAUGUUUGUUGGAAAAUUGCAAAACUAAUGUUUCAUCCAUGUAUUUCAUGACUACUAUACCACUUAUUAAACAGCAAUUGAUACACAAAGACAAAGACAUUAUUGUUAAUGUGUAAACCGAACCUGCCCAGACAGAUUUGACCCUUUGUAUUGAUUAAAAAAAAAAAAACUCCUCCCCCAUUGGUUUUAGUAAGAUGAUACUGAACCAACCUUCAUGUAACUGAUACCAACCUUCCUCUGUACAGAAAAGCCAGCAUGCUUCUGUAACAACUUCAGCCAAAGUUUAAAAAAAAAAAAAAAAAAAAAUCAAAGGCCAAAGUAAGAGCAAAAGCAUUAAUGGGUUUAAUUUCCGUCCUCGUUGUGGUUUUAUUCAACAUUAAACAACACUCACAAACAACAUAAAACAAAAGAUUUUGCACAUUGAAAAGGAAAAGCAGGAGCAGAUUACUUCACUUAUCCAUACUUUAAUUAGAUUUGAGUACUUGUUACUAAACUGUCAGUUUGCAGUGUAAAACUCAAAGAUGCAAGACAAUGAACAAGAUGAAUCAUGUAAGUCACUGAAACCAUUAAACUUUGUCGUUUCCAGUUGUCCUGUUUACUCGUCAUCUAGGUGUUGCGUUCACCAGCCUUACUCCGACAGAAAGCAGUUUGAUCUAACAGGACCGCCUUCCACCGUUCUUUGUUUCAGUGUCUGGAUUCAACAUUAGCGGCCAGACUGAAUGUAGCUGGCAAGUAUUGUUUUGUUGACAAGGUCGUGUUAUCCAUUUAUUAGUGCAGUGAUUCAGACCGGGCCAAGUCUCCUCGUGCCUGCCAGGUCAUUAAACACUCUCAGAGAGAGGUUUCUGGACUACAACCAAACACUGAAUCAUGCAGAGUAAAAGAGGGUUUUGUCACUGACUGUUUAGCUCACAGCGGUGAGUCAAACAGUGGUGAGAUUAGAUACAUUUAUACUUUGAACUAUUUAGAUGCAUUAAAACAUAUCAGUUCUCAUGUGGAACAGCCCUGACCUGGUCAUUUCUGGGAGAUGACGAGCUUAACCAGAAAAGUACGUUUGCUAAACAGAACUGUUAAUUCUCAUUAUUUUUAUUUUUUUGUAGAACCAAAUCAUGCUGUUUCGAAAAACACUUACAAUAUCGUUUAUAUAUUUUAUUUCUUUAUUGCUUGUCCAAGUUUAUUUUGGGCACCUGAAUUCGAUUGUGGUUUGUUACUAUCUGGCCUCAGGGGGCACUAACGAGCUCAUUACAUUUUGGUACACCAGAAUACAUCAUAUUCAAAAAGUGGUGCAAUUGAACCUUUAUAGAAAGUGUCUUCAAACAGUGUCAGACUUCUUGCAGAGUCUUGAAGGUAAGGCUUAUGAAUUUGAAUAUACUGCUAGAUGUAGCUAAUGCUCGAUUUUCAGCAUUGUUCAGGGUUUUAUCUACAUUCACGUAAACCAAAAAUCUCUCAACAAUUCAAAUGUUCACGUUGUUCACCUCAAAUCUGAAUAAGUGUAGCUCUAAAUACCAAUAAGUAAUCGCAAAAAAAAAACCCCAAAAACAUAUACACAGAAGAAUUCUGUUAGCUCUUUUUUUGUUAAUUGGAUCGAUAGCUUCAAGAGUCUGGGCAAAGGCUGUAUUUUGAAAGUAUUUUUCAGGUUUUACAAGAGGAAAGACUUCAAGGAUAGAGACUAACUAGUUGGUCUGGCAAAUGUACAUCUGGUUAACCACCUUGCCUGUGUUAGAGAGUAACGUCCUGUCCACUUCCCUGAGCUUUCUAUGGAAGCAUCCGAGUUUCCAAAGCAAUAGAUUUUGCCAUAGCCCAGACUGGGUUUUGAUUUACCGUGUCCGGCCCAACACAACAUCAAACAUUAUGUCUUAAAAAGCAGUGUGAAUGUUGACCGAAAAAGAUUUGUGCAAAGUUUUUGUUUUCUGGCUUGUUUUGUGUGGUAUAAAUGAUAUUCUAACAAAUUCUCUGCCAUGCUGUAUGUUGUUUUGAUCGGCACCAAUUGAUCAUAAAAUCACAUCAGAUUCAAUGAGUGUGUGCUACAGCCAGGCUGGAAUGGUAACAGGAAUGUCAUUUAUUUUUCUUUGAAAUACGUGUCACCAUCAUUAAGUGUCAGAAAAGUACUAUGAAACAGUUUGUUGAAGACCUGAGAGUUUUUUCCUGAAUCCCCCAGAAUGCAAUGGAAGUUUAUCUGUUUCAAAUGAAAGUCUCUGUUAGCAGCAUUGAACAUACCGUGUUGUUGUGAGUGUUACAUGUGUUGGAUUUUAUCUUCUUGAACAAAUACGUUUCAUAACUGUUGAAUGUUGCUCCCUGUAAGGUUAUUCAAAUGACAACAGCAAAUCAGAGCAGCAGCAACAGAAGUUUGUUGUAACGCGAUCGAUAACCAAAUUCAUCUGAGUAUGUGUGUGAGCCCAGCUUGAAUGUUUGCACAGUUGUGUCAACAGGAGUGCAUCGCAGACCAAGUGUGUUCCUGGCUUUCAUCAUUCCUCAACUCUCACUGCAGCUCCUCUGUCGUCUGUGUAAUCACAUGUUUUAAUAGUAGUGAAUUAACUCUUCAGCCUGACAGUUUCAUUUUCAACCUUCCUCCAAUGAGACGAUGGAUUACUGUCUAUUCAGUGACUGAAGAUUGUUGACAUUUGUUACAUUUGUUAUCGCACGCUUAAUAUAAACGGGAAUGAUAGGUGAUUCGUUUCAGUGCGUAAACCCAACAGAAGAACCAUCUUUUGUACAGAUCCAUCCUUAAAAUCCGUGAACAGAAAUCAUAAAGUUACUGGCUGUAAACAGCGGACCAGACAUAUUAAUAGACAACAGCAACAAUAGGUAAAGCCAGAACUCCUGGAAUCUGAUUGGCCCCCAAUACUUGAGUCGUAAAGUGAUAGGUUACUUAUUGGUAUCAGGGAUGGAUUACUGGGCACAGACACAGCCUCUGAAUGUAACUGCAAACGUUUCUUGAAAGAAGACAACUGAGCAACUACAAAAACACACAAACAUUCAUAGAGACACGCCGAAUGACCUCAAAGAUAUGCAAAACAACUACAGAGACUCAAAACGACCAUAAAUGAUGCAAAACACCAACAACAGCCAUGACUUAUAACUUCAUGAGAUGCAAAACAGAGACUCAAAAACGACCACAAAAUGAUGCAGAUUGACCAAAGAGAGACACAAAAUGACCACAGAUGUAGAAUAACUACAAAGAGUUGACGGCAAAGAGACGCAAAACAACUACAGAGUCGACGUGACCGCAAAAAGAUGCAAACCAACCAAAGAGAGAAAUAACCACAAAGAGACACACACUGACUAGAAA